AUUAAAAAUAUAAAAUUAAAUAAGAUAAUAUUAAAUGUAAUGAAAUAAAAAAUAUGAAAUAAAAGAAAUAAAUAAAAAUAAAACAAACUAAAUUAAAUUAGUUACAAUAAAAUAAGAUAACACAAAUUAUAAAUUAAAAUAAGAUAAAAGUAACAUAAAACAAACGAAAAUUUAAAAUACAAUAAUAUAACUGUAAAAUAAAUAUAAAAUUCAAUAAAACAAUAUAAUAUGAAGUAAAAAUACGUAAUAAAAAAAAUUAAUAUUUAAUAUAAAAGAAAUCUGUAUAAUAAGUAAAUAGUGAGAAUUUACAUAGCAUAUAUACAUAUAAAUUAUGUAACGAAUUAAUUCAGGCAGUGCAAAGAUAUUAAAUUUACUAAACGAUUAACAAAUAGUUGAACCAUAAUAACUAAAAUAGAUUAAGUGGGAAACCCUAACUCGAAUAGACCAAUAAGCAAACCACACACGGGCAGCCAAUUGAAGAGCAUAUUUAUUUGGAAAAAAGUUAUAAAAUAUGUAUAAGAAAAAUGAGAAAUAACGCAACUAAAAUUGGGAGACCAACUAUUUUAGUGUCUGCCGAACAUCAAAUGGGAAUCGAAAGGUGUUCAAUAAAUUGAAGGUGUGUGAAUACGUAGUAAUAAAUUUGAAUUUUAAGGAAAGUAAAAUAUUUUAAAUCCUUGGCGUGCUGUAUAAUCGUGGUAAUGAACACAUAAGUAGGUGAGUGCAUACACCUGCAUACAAAUAUUUCGAUGUGUGUGUGUUGAAAUCUCAGCUGUCUUUUCUUCGCACACGACUUUUACUUUUCUUUUCUUCUUCGACUUUUAUACUAAAUGUGACACGAUAAUUUAGAAUAGAACAAAUUCUCUUCACCAAAACCACGGAAAGUGCGCUUUAGUUUUUAUAAGAAAAAGUUAAUACGACUACUUGUGCACAAUUUAUAUAAUAAACGAAGUGUACAUAGAUGUAAAGAAAAAAAAACAAAAAAACAAAAAAUGACAAAAUGCAUUAAUUUAUAUUGAAGGCUGUGAAGGUGGUGAAAACGGGAAGUUGGAAGUAAUAAUGAAAAUAAAGUCAAAUAAAAUAAUGAACCCCCUCAGCGACAUACUUAAGAAAACGGGCUAUGGAUAUGCAUUAAAAUACUUGUUUGCAAUGCGUUUAAUUUCGUAUAGUUUCGGCAUAGUAAAAUGGUCAACAACUGAACUGAAGAACUUGGAACGCAUGAUGCGGACAAUAAUGAAUAAACAUAAAUGGCAUCAUCCUAAAAGCUCUGUGUUGAGAUUUGCACUGUCUAGGAAAGAAGGAAGUAGAGAUUUAAUUGACGUUGGAGCACUGCACGACAAGCUGAUCCUGAAACUGGGAAAUUACUUCUAUGGAAACGCCGGAAACUCUGCACUUCACCAUGCAGUCAGCGCAGCUGAUGACAAAUUUACACCUCUCAGAAUGAUGCACGUGUUUAACAGCAGGAACACUACAACAAAAAUGGACAUUGAACAAUGGUCACGAAUGUCCAUACAUGGCGUUUAUUACAACGAAUUGAAAAGCCCGCAUGUCGACGCGAAACUGUCGCAAUUAUGGCUAAUCAAUAAAGGAAUUUUUGGGGAAACAGAAAGUGCGAUAUUUGCUAUGCAAGAUGGAGUACCCACGCGAAAUUAUGUAAAGUACGUCAUCAGUGAGCCCAAUGCUCCGGAAGACAUAUGUCGUAGAUGUGGCGGCCAUGGCGAAACUCUAAACCAUGUUCUAGCUGGAUGUACCCUACUAACAAACACUUUCUACCCUAAACGGCACAACGAUGUUGCAAAAAUUAUACACCUACGACUUGCUAUUUGAGCGAUUUUGUACGAGAGAAGACACCCUAUUACAGAUAUGUUCCAGAACCAGAACCUCUAUUAUGAUGAGAACAAUCCUUUCGAAUACCACAAGAACUCAUAAUAGACCUGACAUAUUUGUGGUAAAUAAAUUGGCAUCGUUGCGUUUGUCAUAGAGAUUGGCGUCCCAUUGAUCAAAAAUACUCCGAGUUGGGGAUUGACAUCAAGCGGCGGUGGAAACUUAGAAAGGUCUUUAUAUUGCUACUAUACUGAUCAUAUCGGCCCACGGACUCGUUCAAGUAAAUCUGAAGGAAAACCUCAAGAAGCUCAAAUUGGAGAAGCACCUCAUCUAUGGCCUUCAAAAAGCGGCUUUGCUGAAUUCUUGCCACAUCAUAAGAGAUUUCCUUCAGUAAAUUAAGUACGAUAGUAUAAGAACUUAUUAAAACAGUGUAAACAUUUGACUGCCGUCAAGUUGUGUAAGUACCUCCCAAAGAACGGGAUGUUUGAACAAAA